AUGCCACCUAAAUCUUCAAAGUUGUCGAAACUUGCUGAGAGACUGCAACCUCAGGAUGGGUUUAGUCAAGCCGGGUUCAUUGAGGUACCUGAUGCUGAGGCUGAGGAAGAAAGAACAACCGACAUACGGAAACGCCUGAUCAUUUGCUGUGAUGGAACUUGGUUUGCUUCGGAUAAAGGUGCUAAGAACCUGCCGUCGAAUGUCGCAAGAAUCGGGCGCUUGAUUGCAAAUGAAGGCGAAGCUAUCGUUAUUGAAAAUGACAAGACGGUGCUCAAAAAGGUUCCCCAGAUUGUUUACUACCAGAGUGGAGUUGGCACAGGCAACCUGACUUUUGUAGACAAGCGGGUCCAAGGGGCCCUCGGACAAGGGCUGGACGAGAAUGUCUGCACGGCAUACAAUUUCCUCUGCAACAAUUACGCGAAUGGAGACGAGAUCUUCCUCUUUGGCUUUUCGAGAGGCGCUUACACGGCUCGCGCGUUAUCUGGCCUAAUCGUUUCCGCUGGCAUCCUUCCCCCAGGCUCCAUGUCGAAAUUCUACAGUAUGUACGAGGCAUACAAGGGGAAAACGAAGGGUCAAGCUUUCCAAGAGUCUGAUUGGUGGAAGAAGAAUGCGGGAGAACUGCGCAUCACUCACAAACAUGUCAGCAUCCAGUUUGUUGGUGUAUGGGACACGGUUGGUGCUUUGGGCCUCCCGGACAACUUAAUUUCCAAGGUCUACGAUUUCAACAAGAAUCUAAAGUUUCAUGACACGGAGUUGAGUGAUAAAAUACGCAAAGCCGCUCAUGCGUUAGCGCUGGACGAAUAUCGCGGUACUUUUGGUCCAACCAUGUGGUACGACAGAAAGCCACCCACUGGCAACCGUCGUACAAAUCUGAUCCAAUGCUGGUUUCCAGGGUACCAUGCACACAUUGGCGGUGGAACAACGGACAGUUUGGACGAUGAGUCAUCGAUUGAUGACCUUACCCUGGCGUGGAUGAUUGACCAAAUUGGAGACAGUCUGACGUUCAGUCAAGAGGAAAUGGACGUAUUUGUCGCACAACAAACCCAUCCCGACAAUCACCGGUGGGGAGAAGGCACUCUGACUGAUAGUGCAUCUUAUGCUUACCUGGCGCCGGGUGCAGGCGGGUGGGCUACGAGGACUCCGGGCGAGUACAAGCUGGAAAUCCCAGAGUCUGAACGAGGUGAUUACUACUUGCCAACAAAGCACUAUGAGACAAACGAGUUUAUCCAUCCAUCUGUGCGCUACAGGAUGGGCAAAAUGAAGGUUCAACCACAAAGCCUAGGCAACACCAAAGGAUGGCUGGGUGGUAAGAAUCCAAUCACAAAGUAUAGCCCAGCAGCUCUAGAAGGAUUCAAUGUCGUCAAAUCCGAGGACGGGUCUUGGCCUACGCGCUGGAUCAAGGCGUCACGCAACAAGGGCGAUCCGGAUAUCGAAAUUCCCGAAUAUCAACUCCCAUCUAAGUGGGAGAAAACCUCCGAAGGGUUGGAACGCCGACUCUUGCCCCCGGAAGUGAUGGACGAACUCGAUGAAGAGAACAGUCGGCAGCCUGUCCGGGAAAAUACUGGCUUCAACCCAGAGUAUGGGCAUAGCAUGCGUUGA